UUUGACCGGAUAUCUGUGUAGAGGAAGUUUUGUUAUGCGACUUUUCCGUCCCGUUUCGGCUGUCCAGCUAAUUAACGUCAUUUAAAACGAAAAUGAUAUGACACAACGCUAAGUUAUAACGCUUUUACGCAGUUACGCAUUCACGGGUAACGCAGCAGAGUCUGUUCGCAGCCGUGGGACUUCUUCAAAUUAACCCGGGAGCACCUUGUUACGAGGCUAACAUUACCUAGCCAUUUAGCACGGCGAUCACUAGCCACUGGUUUUCGUUCUGUUGAAGGUUCUCCCGAGCUGCAGGAGCCAUGGGGAACCGGGGUAUGGAGGACCUGAUUCCCCUCAUUAACAAACUUCAAGACGCAUUCAGCUCCAUUGGACAGACCGCCAAUCUAGACCUUCCGCAAAUAGCCGUGGUCGGUGGGCAGAGCGCAGGGAAGAGUUCUGUUUUGGAAAAUUUUGUAGGAAGAGACUUCCUUCCGCGUGGAUCGGGCAUUGUAACCCGCAGACCGCUUAUUUUACAGCUGAUCAAUAAUAAAGCAGAGUAUGCUGAGUUUCUGCACUGUAAAGGAAAGAAAUUUGUGGAUUUUGAUGAAGUGCGGGCGGAAAUUGAAGCGGAGACGGACCGGAUAACAGGCUCCAACAAAGGCAUUUCUCCCGUCCCAAUUAACCUGAGGGUCUACUCCCCACACGUGCUGAAUCUGACCCUGAUUGACCUUCCUGGAAUGACGAAGGUUGCUGUGGGAGACCAGCCCGUUGACAUUGAGUUCCAGAUCCGGGACAUGCUGAUGCAGUUCAUCACCAAAGAGAGCUGUCUGAUCCUCGCUGUGACCCCUGCCAACACCGACCUGGCCAACUCCGAUGCCCUCAAGAUCGCCAAGGAGGUGGACCCACAGGGUAUGCGUACUAUUGGUGUCAUAACAAAACUGGAUCUUAUGGAUGAAGGGACUGACGCAAAGGACAUUCUGGAAAAUAAACUUCUUCCAUUACGCAGAGGUUACAUUGGUGUGGUUAACCGUAGUCAGAAAGAUAUUGAUGGAAAGAAGGACAUUCGCGCCGCUCUGGCUGCUGAGAGGAAGUUCUUCUUGUCCCAUCCUGCGUACAGACACAUGGCCGAGCGCAUGGGCACGCCUCACCUGCAAAAGACGCUCAACCAGCAACUCACAAACCACAUCAGAGACACACUGCCGGGGCUGCGUAGCAAACUGCAGAGUCAGCUGCUGUCUCUGGAGAAGGAGGUGGAGGAGUACAAAAAUUUCAGACCAGACGAUCCCACACGCAAGACCAAAGCUUUACUGCAGAUGGUGCAGCAGUUUGGUGUGGACUUUGAAAAAUGCAUCGAGGGCUCUGGAGAUCAAGUUGAUACCAAAGAACUCUCUGGGGGUGCCAAGAUCAACCGCAUCUUCCACGAGCGCUUCCCUUUUGAGUUGAUCAGGAUUGUGUUUGAUGAGAAAGAGCUCAGAAGGGAAAUCAGUCACGCAAUCAAGAACGUGCAUGGUGUCAGAACGGGUCUCUUCACCCCUGACCUGGCUUUUGAGGCAAUAGUCAAAAAGCAAAUUCUCAAACUACGCGCUCCCAGCCUCAAAUGUGUGGAUAUGGUUGUGUCGGAGCUCACUGCCAUCGCUGUCAAGUGUGCCGUCAAGCUCAACUCUUACCCCAGACUGAGAGAGGAGACAGAGAGAAUCGUGACCACCCAUAUCAGAGAGACAGAAGGAAAGACCAAGGACCAGGUGCUGCUGCUGAUUGACAUUGAGUUGUCCUACAUCAACACCAACCACGAGGACUUCAUUGGCUUUGCUAAUGCCCAGCAGAGGAGCACAGCCGCGAACAAGAAGAGGCCAAUGCCCAACCAGGGUGAGAUUCUGGUUAUCAGGAAAGGCUGGCUGACCAUCAACAUCAGCAUCAUGAAGGGGGGCUCCAAAGAGUACUGGUUCGUGCUGACCGCCGAAUCGCUCUCCUGGUACAAAGACGAGGAGGAGAAAGAAAAGAAAUACAUGCUUCCUCUGGACAACCUGAAGAUCAGAGAUGUAGAGAAAGGCUUUAUGUCCACCAAACAUGUCUUUGCAAUUUUCAACACAGAGCAGAGAAAUGUUUACAAGGAUCUUCGUCAGAUUGAGCUGGCCUGUGAGUCUCAGGAAGACGUGGACAGCUGGAAAGCUUCCUUCCUCCGAGCUGGAGUUUACCCGGAGAAGGACCAGUCGGAGGUAGAAGAAUCUGCCCCUGCAGACACAUUUUCCAUGGACCCUCAAUUGGAACGACAGGUGGAGACAAUUCGUAACCUUGUGGACUCGUACAUUGGCAUCAUCAACAAGUCCAUCCGCGACCUCCUGCCCAAAACCAUCAUGCACCUCAUGAUCAACAAUUCUAAGGACUUUAUCCACUCUGAGCUCCUGGCCUAUCUGUAUUCGAGUGGGGACCAGAACAGCCUGAUGGAGGAGUCUGCGGACCAGGCCCAGCGCAGAGACGAGAUGCUGCGGAUGUAUCACGCCCUGAAGGAGGCGCUCACCAUCAUCGGGGACAUCAGUGCCAACACCAUCUCCACCCCGGUGCCCCCUCCCGUCAACGACUCCUGGAUGCAGAACUCCAGCCCUCCCUCUCAGCGCAGACCACCUCCUGCCUCCUCUGCUCCUCCGAGUCGCCCUCCUGGAGUCCGAGGCCCUACUCCUGGUCCUCCAUCAAACCCUUCUCCUCCGUUUGGGGUUCCUCUCAACCCCUCUCCUGCCUUCGGAGCUCCGCCCAUCCCAUCCCGCCCCGGCCAGCCCAUGAACGCCUUCAACAGCAGCCAGGAUCCCUUCAGUGCACCCCCACAGAUCCCCUCUAGACCGGCCCGUGUGCCUCCAGGCGUGCCCAGCCGAAGACCCCCUGGUGCUCCUUCUCACCGGCCCACCAUUAUCCGCCCCGCUGAGCCCUCCCUACUAGACUAGACCUGUGCCCGGGCCCAUCUUUUGGUGUUGGGUUUGGGAGUGAGGGGAGGGGCGUGCUUCCUCUGUGUGUUCCUCUGCACACUUUCUAGGCCUGUACAUGGCACGUGAGGGUGAAAGGAGAAAGGCUAAAGCUUUGUCAUAUCAUCCACUCUUCUCAAUAUGUCCGAUUAAGCAAUGUUAAGCUGCUAAUGUCGAACUGCUAAAGCUGCACUGUGGAACUUUUCUGAUUGGGGCGUUCCUUCACCUGCUUGUCUUCGUGGAGAUGUUACUGCUUUGUGUGGAAUAUUCCGCAGUAUGGCAUUAAAUGUAAUCUAUCAGGCUUUUAUUUCACUAUGGAUGUGUUAUUGCUCAAAAAUACAUAGAAAAACCUCAAUUUUUACAGUGAGCAGAGUCACCUCUCCACAGAUCUGAAUUGUAAGUUUGAUUCCAUGGAGACAGUUGAGUUUAAUGCCAUACUAGGUAAUAUUCUAGGCAAAGCAAUAACAUCUCUAUGACCACAAGCAGGCGACAGAACCUCCACCAGAAAAGUUGCAUAGUGCAGCUUUAAGUGUCUACAAUAAUGAUUACGCCUUUUAACCACUUGAACAAUUUUGCUGUGGACAAUACCUUUUAAUACUUGGUUUACAGCCUCCUCUGAUCCGAUGUUUAGCCUUUCCAAAACCUUAACCCCGCCCUUCCUGUUUCGUUCACCCCUAAACACUAUAUCCCUUUAUGGAAUCCUCCUAGAUUUCAACCAGUACAAUAUUGUGACUGUUAUUUUGCAAUAUCUUGUUCUUGUAUUUUAUUUGAGUGACUUUUAAUGAUUAAUGUAGCUUUAAAAAUUCAAAACACACACACGCACGCAAGUCAGAAUUUGUAUGUUAAGAGAGAUGGCUUUUUAAAACUUGGAAUGGUCAUAAGAAAGCAACCACUUCCAGUUGUGUGAAUAGACUAACACUAUGCACAGAAAAAUAGAGCAAGGGCAAAGCAUGACCUAAGCUCUCUCCUUAUCAUCACAGUUAAAAAUUAAUUUUCUCAAUGUUCGUUCAACCCCAAAAGACUUUAAGCAUUUAUAUCAACUUUUUUUCAUUCCUUCAUGUUUAAAUUUAGGAGAAAUGCAGGGCGUAUAGGCAAGAAAAUCAGCAUGCGAUUUAUGUUGUUUUUUACAUACCAGAGCAUAGCAUAGUACCUGUAUUCUAUAUUUUACAUUAUUUUUGCCCCAAAUAACAUUAAGAUAGCACUAACAUUCAUGAAUUGGUGUAUGAACUUUCAAACUAUUAUUUAUCAGCUGGGCAUUUCCUUCAUCAUUUCAACUUUUUGGCCUCUUGCAAUGUAUUUUUGGGUACAUAGAGCUGGACAAUUAUUAAUUAAUAAUAAAAGCUUCUAUGGUAUUAACAUAAUGUAUUUUCUGUUAUAUUUUAUGAAAUUGGUGGAAAGGGGAUUGCCAUUGGGUUAUUUUGAUGUUGCGCUUUCUCAUUUAAUCAGCAGUAGAGGUGAUGGUGGUGGGAGACUUGUACAAAAAGCAUAUUCUGUCUUGAUAAACCUUUAUAUGACCUUACAUAAUAUUAUUCAUUAUAUAAAUAAAUAGGCCUGGGACAGAAUAUACUUUUGAUGUAAGUGCAUAGUUUGGGGUUAUGGUGACAGUUUUAAUAAACUCCUUUGAAAUCUAUUAAUUAAGCACCUCAAAUACUCGCCACAAGCUGGUAUUUUAAAUUGGAUGUUUGACAAAUUGACUGUCACUUUAACCAGUGCUAGAACACUGUAAAUUCUCUGUAAUAUUGUAGUAUUUUUUCCUAAAUUGUGUGUAUACCCGCUUCUCUCUUCUAUAUCUUUUGUUUUCAAGAAAGCCCUUUAUUUUUUGUCAAGUGCCUGUAGCAAUGAACUGAUUUGACCUGAUUUGGAAACUGGAGAGUGAAAUAAAGGGUGUUGUGAAUAAUAAAAAAAAAAAGCUCUGGCG